AGGACAUUUAGGGACACUCAGGACAGGCCGGACACACGGCCACUGGCCAUGGAGGAGGCGGUGGUGAAGCAGGGCUGGCUGUACCUGCAGCUGCAGCAAACCUUCGGCAAGAAGUGGAAGAAGUUCUGGGCCGUGCUGUACCGGGAGAGCCCGUGCUCCACGGCGCGCCUGGAGCUGCAGGAGGGCCCCGAGCGGCCGCGCAAGGCCGAGGGCGGCCGGCGCCUGGUGCGGCUCAGCGACUGCGUGCACGUGGCCGAGGCGGGCGGCGAUGCCUCCUGCCCCAAGGACACCGCGCCCUUCCUGCUGGAGACCACGGAGCGGAGAUUCCUGCUGGCUGCUGAUGGCGCUGAGGCGGCCGAGUGGAUCCAGCGGCUCUGCGAGCUGGCGUUCCCGAGGAGCCAGGAGGAGCCGGGAGCAGCCAAAGGGGGCACGGAGGGCGAGUUCUCCAUGGAGGAAAAUUCCCUGUACAGCUCUCGGGGCAAAGGGUGGGAGCGGGCCGGCCUGGAGCAGGCGUUUGAGGUGACCGUGCGGGUGACGCCGUCGUCGCAGCGCUGCCGCCUCCGGGGCCGCUGCAUCCUGCGGGCGGGCGAGGAGGCGCUGGAGCUGCGGCACCCUCAGAGCCAGGAGCUGCUCUCCAGCUGGCCCUACCGCUUCCUGCGCCGCUUCGGCCGCGACAAGGUCAGUGUGUGCCACCAGGGCCAGCCUGGGCGCCGCGGGGACUGA